AUGCACAAGGGUCCAAGAUAUAAGAACUGGAACAAGGGAGACCAUACCGCAGCUGCGCAAUUGCAACGUGAAGUUCAUGUGACAUUUGCUUCGUAUGGUCGUGGUCAUGCUGGAACAGGAGAGACCAUACCGCAGCAGCGCAAUUGCAACGUGAAGUUCAUGUGA